GGCUUUGGUUUUCCCCUUGCCCACGAAAAUGCAUUUCUUUCAUAAUUUAUAGUACGAUACAGAUUCAUCUUCAUUCAUUCAAUUCAUUAUAAAGAAUAAGAAGAUUAAUUAAACGAAAGAAAAGAGACAAUGGAGUCGGAUGAAGGAUUGAGACAGCAAUUGGAAGAAUUGCAAAAACAGCUCGGAAAGAAACAGAAGUUUGAAGAUUCCGUCUCCAAAAUCAAUUCUCUUCUUCACGAUCAAUUUCCCUCUGCUUCUCCACCUCUUCGCAAUCUGUUCUAUUCUGUUGUUUGCCGAGUUGCAACUAUUUUAAAGACGAGAUACACGUCGCCGGGUUUUUGGCUUGCUGGACUUCGGCUUUUUGAGCAGGCUGAGAGUCUUGUUUCUGACCCUUCUCAUAAGCAACAUAUGAAGGCUUGUAUUGCUCAAGCUAAGGAACAUUUACAUGACAUUGAUAAUCCAACUGAGGUUUCGGAAUCCACCAACAGUAGAGGUUAUCUUUUUGAGGGGCAUUUGACUGUGGAUCCCGAGCCACCACAACCCUACUGGCUGGUGCAGUCUAAUUUGAUUAAUGCAGUUUCUUCCCUUGUGACUGCUGAGUCUUCUCGCGGUCCAGUGGAUAGCAAUAGAAAUUCAGAAGCAGCUGCCAAUAUAUUUCAGGAAUUGAUUAAUAACCUUGAUGCUGUUAUACCAGAGAUAUUGGACGAUGAUGGUGCACCACCUAGAGCUCCACCUGCCAGUAAAGAAGUUGUUGCCAAGCUCCCAAUUAUUAUUCUGACAGAUGAAAUAUUGUCCAAGCUAGGACACGAUGCAGAGUGUGCAAUUUGUAAGGAGAACUUGGUUUCAGGUGACAAAAUGCAAGAGUUGCCGUGCAAGCACACGUUCCAUCCUCCUUGUCUAAAACCAUGGCUGGAUGAGCACAAUUCUUGUCCCAUCUGUCGGCAUGAACUGCAAACUGAUGAUCAUGCAUAUGAGAACUGGAAAGAGCGGGAGAAGGAAGCUGAAGAAGAGAGGAAAGGUGCUAAGAAUGCUGUUCGGGGUGGUGAAUACAUGUAUGUUUAAUCAAAGUUGCUUGAACUGAAAGGAACCGGUGGAGGUGAAGAUGACAGGAAAGAUGCUGCAAAUUCCACAAACGUCGGGGAAAGCAUGUUAUUUACAGUCCUUAUUGGAUUCUAUUAGUGACCUGUUAUUUUUAUCCAUAAAAUUGUUAGUUUGAUUACUGUUAAUGAUAAAAAAAAAAAAUCAAAAUUUAACAUUCCUGAACCCUCUCCAUGGGCUGGCCCGAGCAUGUCUGAUGUUUAAAAUUGCACUAUUUUGGAGCCAGUAGGCAUCAAUGGAGAAUUACCUCCUCUUGCGUACAUGUUUGAUUUGGUUCUCAAUACUUGGGUUUCUAAUUAAGUGCUAUUAUUUAGCAUUGUGACUUUUUGACCGAUAUUAGUGGAGUUGAUGUCUUUACAACCUCAAGAAGGUUGAUUUGGCACUAGUUCAUCUGGUUCAGGAUUGAAUCAGGAUCGGAGAACAAAUGAAUGUUGAAAUUUUGAGGUGGAGUCCAGGCCCUAUUGAAAGCCUUGGAUGUGCUUUUGCCGUGUUUAAAAAUCUUGGAGCCGCCAACUCUUUUUUCUGUUAGCAGAAUGUGGUGCUGGCUGAAACGUUUUCAGUCAAAACCAAGUUCCAAAAUUUGUAUAUUUGAUUCUAGGAAGAAAGCCCGUAAUUAUCGAAUUCUUAA